AAAGUCCAUAUUGCGCCGAUAAUGUGGGGAAAUCACAGUAUUUUCUCGGCGUAUUGCGCGAUUUAUGCCGAACUAUCUCGGCUGGGCUAGAGCUUGCUCCCCCAAAGGUCUAGCUGUGACAACAAAGAAACCUCUACCAAACUAGUGCUGAUGACUAUCACGCAGCGGUAGCACUAUAGGAAUACGUCACAAGUCAUUGCAGCAUUGGAAGGUGAAGAGGUGUCUUCAAAUAUCCCUUGAGCCCCUCGGUAUCCCUACACAUUUCCCGAAAGCUUCGGACCUCACGAGGGCAGUAUCCUAAUCCGGCAUACCGAUUGACCACCAUGACAUCGGAAGGCGACGCGUCCAGUGCGGAGGAUAGGGUUGCUCUGAGAUCCGCUCCGGUAUCUUCAUCGGCUUCAUCCCGACCAAAGACCAAACCUACCGCUUGUCGUAGGUGUCACUCGCGCAAAGUAAGAUGUUCCGGUGGUCAACCGUGUGAGAAUUGCCGCCAAGCAAGCAAGGGUGCAGAAUGCACAUACCCUCGGCGGAACCGCAUGGUAAAAGUGAGCCAGCGCUAUAUCGAUGACCUCAUUGCCGAAAACCAACGGUUGAAGAGCAACAGCGGCAUUGGAAGUCAGACUCGAGCAGCCAACCUGCUCGCAGAUCUUGCAGUCGUUGUCCCGGUUAAAGAGACAACAGACAAUAAUGCAACUGCCAUCCCAGCGCCAUCGCUUGAUGAGCGACCAUGGUUCUUCGACAUGAAUAUCCCGCACACGCCAAUCCUCAUCGGCGAGGCCUCAGACGCUGCAUUCGCUACUCGCUUUCGCCAAGCAAUCUCAUCAGCCGAGAGCAGUCAUAUCCCGCGAGUGAACUAUGCCACAGAUGAGAGACUGCUCGCUCUGUCUGAUACAGACUGCCCUUGGCCUAGUCCCGCGAGAGCACGUUUUCUCGUCGGGGUUGCCCUGAGAUAUGUCAGCCGCUGCUACCACAUCAUCCGCAAGAGCUCGAUUCUGGAUGCCUUGGAACAGACACUCCAGAACCCGGCUGAAAGCGACUCACUUCUCAAAAGUAAGCUGUGGGCAAUGUUUGCUAUCGGCGCCAUGUACUCGACUCGGUCUGCCACGUCUGAAAAGCACUUUCCUGGCAUGGGCUACUUUGCACGGGCAACUCGCAUCCUUCGCAUCGUGAGCGAACGACCAAGGAUCGAUGUUGUCGAGUUGAGAUUGUUGCUGUCUUUCUACUCUCUUGCACUCAACCGGCGACACACCGCCUACACUUUUGCCGGCUCCGCGACCCGGCUUGCGGUUGUCAUGGGCCUUCAUCUCAACGUUCCUGAGACGCAACUCAGAGAUGCGGCCGCCCGAGAGCACAGGGUUAGAGUUUGGUGGACAGCAUACAUCUUUGACAGGAUGUGGGCAGCCAAGCUAAGCCACCCAGUUGCUGUCCAAGACAUUGAUAUUGAAGUGGACCUGCCAUCGAACCCGGUUGUCGACGAUAACAUAGCGGAUGACUUUGCCGAUGCAUCAUAUUUUGUUGCUAGUGUAAAGCUCGCUGGUUUACUGGGCAAGGUGGUGCCAUCCAUCUAUCGAAGAAGACUACAAGAUACCUCUCUAUCUCACAGAGUCCAAGAGGCGUUGAAGGAUCUUCGUGGGUGGUCUGCAGAGCUCCCGCCGCAGCUUCAUAUUGACUCGAAGCCUACAUCGGAACGAAUGCCAAAGCCCAUCUCACUACAUCUUAACUUCAAUCAGUGCGCAAUCAGCACCACCCGUCCGAUCCUGCUCCACGUGCUGCGAACGCAUGUGGCAUCUUGGGGAACACCAGAGACCCCAGAACCGCGAGUUCCGGCCACCGCCAUGACUCUCGCAGAGACUUGCAUACGCUGCGCUCGUCAUACCUGUCGACUUCUGACCGAAUGCUGGAUCGACGGUUCUUUCGCAACGUUUGACUACUUCUACACCCAGUACCUCUUCUCAGCGGCCACCAUCCUUGCUGCAUCUAGCCUUCUGAGCGGUAAAGAGAGUCACAAUGAUAGAGAACAAUUUGAAGAAGCUGCUCAGUUUUUGUCUCAGCUAAAGGAUAAUGGCAACUAUGCAGCCGAGGAGUUUUGCCAUCAUAUCGACGCAAUGAAGCCCACAAUGGCCGCAGCUCAUGUACGCCGCGGUGAUUUCGCCGUGACGGGAGACUCUGCGGCUUUGCUGAAUGACGCAACAGCUGCUUUCACAGAUGCUGCAGUCAACCUUAAUCAACCUUUCGCGGAGCAAAACACGACUGCUGGCAUGGCGCUCAACGAACCAUCGUUGCAGGAGCUACUGGCGCAGCCACUGCUCGACUUGCAGUUCAUAGAUGCGUCGAUCUACAAUGAUGGAGCUCAGGGGCUUUACUGGCCAGACUUCAGCCCUGAAUCCUGGACGCCUGAAACGUGGACAGCAACUUGAGUAUCGAUCUGAUGGCUAUCAAACAGACGGAGACACACUUGGCACGCAGAGAUUGGGCGACACGCAACAACGAUUGGGGUUCCAAACUA